GUCUGGUUUUAGUGUUUGCUGUCGUUUUUGUUCCGUUUUGCCAGGACGUGGUUGUUCAUUAAUCAGACAGGAAAAUGGCCAACGUUCAGCUUGUGCCACUCUCUGACAGCGACACUGAGCGAUUGAAGGAGGCUUACCCAACUCCAUUCGUUAAAUUGGGACAAAGGUUCGUGAGAACUGUGCCUGGAAACUGCAUUAUGCCUAAGGCCUUUGAAAAAUUCAAGGAUCAAUAUAAAAAUUGGGAAGCGCGUGCAGAAGAUGUUUAUGUUCUUACCUUUCCAAAAAAUGGCACAACCUGGGUACAAGAGCUUGCCUGGUGCCUACAGAACAACUGUGACAUAGACAAAGCCAAAGCCAUUGCAGCCAAGAGAAGAGUCCCAUUUUUGGAAGCGCCAGUUCUUGUCGACUUUUUAGAGGCUGAGAUUCGUCACCACGUUGAAGGUUACCUCGAAAUGGUAGCAACCAUGGAUUCACCGAGAGUCUUGAAAUCUCACCUUCCUUUUUGCCAUUUUCCUGACAACUUGGUGGACAAAAGCAAGGUUGUUACAUGUUUGAGAAAUCCAAAAGACACAAUAGUGUCAUUUUUCCACCAUGAAAAGUUACUUCACGUGCAUGACUACAACGGUGAUUUUGCAACCUACUUCGAACUGUUCAUGGAUAACUUGGUGGUUUUCACGCCAUAUUUUGAAUACACCAUUGAAGCUUGGAAGCGACGAGAUCACCCAAAUGUUUGCCUUUUGUUUUAUGAAGAACUAAAAGCUGAUUUGGCUGGCAAUACCAGGAAGGUGGCAAAAUUCCUGGGGAAGGAAAUCACAGAAGAGCAAGUUGCGGUUUUAGUUGAUCACUUAAGCUUUAAGAAAAUGAAAGAAAAUAUAUCUGUGAAUCAUGAAGAUUCCCAAGAUAGGAAGAUCAUGAACAAAGAGGGGAGCUUCAUGCGAAAAGGGGAAGUAGGAGACUGGAAGAAUUAUUUCACUGAAGAGAUGAACAAGCGAAUGGAUGAAGCAAUUGAAAAGUAUUUUAAGCCUGUUGGACUUGAAUUUCGCUAUGAGUAACUGCAUGCGUAUUUAAAAUUUUCGAGGAUGUAAAAAUCCAUCAUAUGGAAUAGGAUUGGCUGGCUUUUGUGGAAUAUUAAUUUGUGUGUGAUUAAAUCCAAACGAAUGAAAUGAAAACAUUUAGCGCAA